GAUUGGCACAAGCACUGUUUGGUUAACGUCAUAAUUCAGGCUACCAAUAGAUAUCAAUAGUUAAAAAUACAUAGCUAUUGUGUAACUUAAACUACACACAGAUGCGUAGAUGCACGGAUGGCAUCACGCACAUGGGGGCGGUUUCCCAGACAGGGGUUAGCUUAAACCAGGACUAGGCCUUAGUUUAAUUAGCAAAUUUAAGUAGUUUUAGUAAACAUUACUUCCUAAAACAUUACUUGUGUGCUUUUUGAGACAACAAGGUAUUUUAAGAUAUGUCAGUGCAAGUUGUUUUCAGUUUGGACAGCUCUUACAUUUAUUUUAGUCUAGGACUAGUCUGACUGGGAAACCACCCCAUGGUGUGGGACACCUUUAUGUUCACUUGAUGUCACUUAAGGCACAAAACUAAAAAGAAUGUGUGAUUUUUACGAUUUUACGACUAAAAGACAGCUGUUUACACACAUUUCUGUUUAAACACCAUAAAAAUGAAUUUAGCAUAAUAGGUCGCAUUUAAUUCACAGAAAAAAAGAAGAAAAUAUAUUUUUGUGGUGAUGUGGUAUAUUUGGCAUCCUCCAUCAAUUGCCAAAAAGAGUAAGAAAAGCAAAAAAAAAAGAGAAAAGCAGAGAAAGAAAAGCAAACGAGGGUUUGUUCUGGAUUACUACAUAAAUUAAUUUAAGUACUUUUAUUUUAAUAAAAAUAGAGAUGCCCAUCACCCUCCAACUUGCAUUGUUUUAUUGUUUAAACAUGUUAAAACUAGGGCUGUCACGAUAAACCGACGAUAAAUAUCACGUGAUUUAUGCACAGCUUUUGAGUGAAGUACGGGAAAAUGCUGCUGCAUCCGAAAGCCAGAGGGCGCUCUCGUGCGGAAACUUCAAAUACGCACUGCAGAAGAAGACCAUAACACGUUCUAGAAUCUAGGAAAUGCCUAUGGACAUUUUUUUAUCACUGUUCCUCAAGCCUCAUCAGGUAUUUUUAUGAUAAUAAGGUAUAUUUAUAAUGAUCAUGUUUGACGGGUGUUGCUUUUUCAAAUGCACAUUAUAAGCGACUCAAACUCGCACUGCUUUUAGAUCGAACAGCAUUUCCUACUGAUCCCAGAGCCGUGCUUCACGGACAAGCUACGCAUUAAAAAAUAUCGCAGCCAGCUCGAUUACAUUAGGAUUUAGUGGCCACAUCUGUACACAGAGUUUACAUGCAUUUUUUAAUUUAUGCUUUAGAGUUUAAUAAAAGAUCGAGCGUUUAACAUUGUGCCACAGAGAGCCAAAAUAUGUCACGUGACUUCUCCAUGAGCUGCGGUUGACAUUUCCCAUCGUCCUCCCAAGUUUAAACUGUGGGACGCCCAGACACAUUGUGGGCAAAAACAUAAUAGGAAGAACAUAUGAAGAGUUUGGUUCCAAAAUGAGAUCCACUAAAUUUGUUCAAAAUCACGUUUUUUAUUAUGUUAUCGUGUUUUGUUGUGUAAAUUAGCUGUAUUUUCUUCCAGUUAUUACGGCUUAAAUCAAAACAAACCAACUGCAGUUUGAUUGGUAUUAAUUGGAAUGCACAAUAAAAAAACGUGAUUUUUGAAACUUUUUAAAAACGGAGUUAUCAAAUUUUGGAAUCAAACUCUUUGUAUAUAAAAUAGUAGGAUUCCAGUACUUAUCAAUUAAUUCAUUAAUUGGACCCCUAACAAAUACAAACUAUCGUACUCGGUCAAAUCACUCUCACCGGGGACAGCCAGGUGCUUUAGCGGCAUUGAUGUAAGCGCAGGGCAUAGCGAGCCCAUCCAAUCGGCGUUAGAGGUGUUGCCUGUAGGUCGAGUCUUCAUGUCGCGAUGUAAAGCCUAAUAUUUGUGUCAGAGUUAAAACUGCACGAUGCCAAUUCAACACCGAUCCAGGCCACGCCAAUCCAGCGACGAUCGUUACUCUUGGCGAAAUCAUAACAGCGAUUUAAAUCAAGAUAACGAUGCUUUAAUCAUUAUUAGACCGACUAGCAUUACUGGAUCCGUGGGACAGCCUGCAGACGGAGCGCGAACACUUCUACAAAGUUAAUCUUCUUAAACCGAAGUAACAAUCCUUAUAUCCUCCUCCAUGCUUUCCUACUGGAGUUUUAAAUGUGUUGGCCUGGGCGAUUACCCCCGCCCUCUCUAGACAGGUGACAGAUGGUACUCUUCACUUCAGUACUGCCAGCACAGAGAUGUACAGCUUUUACCUAUGACUUAUGAUGAGCACACCGAGAAUGUGACAUUACAGCGGUGAAGAGAUGAAAUAGAAAUAUUUAUGCAAAAUGAAACUAAUAAUGACUUAAAUGCAGCUCGCUUUUGCAGUCUAACUAGCAAGGAAAGGGCGAUUAGAAGUCAUUUUAAAUCCACAAGAACCUUACGUAAACAAUUGCGGUGUGCAUAUGUUUGUCGCAAACCUAAACAUGACGUUCACAUUUCCUUUGACCAUCAUCACUAGCAGACAGACCAACGCUCGCGCACACAAACUGACUUCCUGUGUGAAAUUAGUAGGCAUGCGUUUCAAGUUUGGCGUCGUUAUUCAGAGAUGGAAAAUAUGCUAAAAGUAAGAGUGGCGGUGUAUCAUAAUUUCUGAGUGUGGGCUUUAAGGAAUAUUCCCACCACUGAGCCGCAGACCCGUUAAAUGUGUGGACUUGCGGACGGCUUAAUCGAUUGAUUCGCUACCUUGUGCAAAAAACAGCGGUGACCUGCAGUGACAACAGUUUCUCAUUCGUGCGAUGUGAAACAUGGACCAUCCGGCGUAUCAUGGGCCCUUAACCAAACAGAGAUGCGAGGAGUUACUGGGCAAGAAAGGAAAGGAUGGGACAUACCUCAUCCGUGACAGUGAGACCAUCCUGGGAGCUUUCUGCCUAUGUGUGUACAAACAAAAAGUGGUUUUUACUUACAGGAUCCUACAAACCCACACUGGAUACUUUACUUUACAGACUAGUUCGGGAGUAGAAGAAAAGUUUUUCAAAUCAUUGAGGGAACUUAUUAAGCAUUAUAAACAGAGAAAUCAAGGUUUAGCAACACACCUGUGCCAUUCACUGAAAAUAAAAACAUUCCAAGAACAGCCUCAGCAAUGUGCAGAACCAGUAGUGCCCGAUGAGGACAAUGACUAUGAAAAUGUGGACUGCUCCGGGGAAUAUGUUGUUGUUCUUCCAGAUUGAUUUAUAUGCAAUAGUAAUGCUGGUAAAUUAAAUUACCAGAACAACUUUUAUGGUAAAAAUACAAAUGUGCUGUUCACACAAGCAACUUUUAACAGGUCUUUUUACUGGACAGAUACCAUUCACACAUCAUACCAAAAAACAUGGCCAAACUUUGUAUCCGAAUGCACAUGGUCCAUAUUUUUGUUGCUCUUUUCAUUUUUGUGGCAAAGGCUGGCUUCCAUGCAGUUGCACUCGACCCAAUGAUGUUGUAUUAGAUGACUUUAAAGUGAACUACUAAACUGUUUCUUUGACUUGCAUAAGUAUCACAGUGUAAACGGGUCAUCUACAUCAGAAUGGAAUGACACAGUUUGGGCACCGCUGUUUUAUAUAGUACAUAUAGGCGCAGUAUGUGACCCAUAUGCCCUGGAUGUUCCUUGACCUAAAAUAUGACAUAUUAACAACAGCCAUGGACAUAACUUACUCGAAUGUUAGUAAACAAGUACAAGGUCAUGUUCACGCUUAAGCACCUUAAUGGAAAUCAGGCAGUAAUUUACCAGUGAAGACUGUGAAAAGGACUAAUGUAACAUUUUUACUGGGAAAUGGGAUCAGCCAAUAAGAAUAUUUGAAAAAAAAAUUUGAGAGAACAUUAGCAUUUGUACAUUUUGUAAAUUUGACUACAAUUCUUGUACACUGCAAAAAGUGAUGUGUUAAAAAUGACACAUGUUGUGUCAAAUUUUAACACAUGUAGGGAGUGUGUUCAGGGACAACACAAGUUGUGUCAAAUUUAACACAAUAUGUGUGCAAGCCAUUUUAACACACAAAUUGUGUCAGAGAAUUUAACACACAAAUGUGUGUUUUUAAGCAAUUAAUGUGUUACCAUGUAAAGUAUUUUUAGUUUUAAAAUUACGCCCUCCCUUCAGGAGAUAACACAUUUACUGUGUUAAUCUUUCCAGGGGUAUUUUUUAAAUAAAAUGCACACUAUGUGUGUAGAAAUAUACACAGCAUGUGUCAUUAUACUAUUAACACAGGGAUGUGUGUUGUUUUUUAACACAUCCGUUUUUGCAGUGUAUGUACAUGGUAUCUAUAUUUUGUCAAUAUUGUAAUGUGCUGUGAAAAUUGUUUUUAUGUAUGUGCUUUCUUGAUAUUGCAAGUUAUUUUGCUAGUGUUUUUAGUAAAAACACAAAUAGAUGUGGUUUUAGGUUUUUUUUUCAUUUGAGUAGAGCUUGGUACAGGACGUCAUGGAUAACGUUGAUCUGUGGGCGCGAGACUAUCUAAAAAUCUUUUUCCGACUUUUAAAACAUGAUCAUAAUGUAACACAUCUUUGUAUGUAAUGAAAACAAUUCUGGCUGAGUAAGAGAAACUUCAUGUAUUAUUUAUGUCUUGGAGGCCACUUUGUUCCAAUACAAAUAUUAUGUCUGUGUUUUUACUAAUGACCCGUCAUCAAAUUUACAUAUACUUCUGUUAUUAUUUUUAAAUAAAAGGUAUUAAACCACUGAAAUGAAAUGUAAA